CGCGGUGAGCGCUCGCGUCGCACACAAACGCACCGCACGCACGAUACACAACUCGCGCGACACCCGGUACACCUCCAGCUAACAUAACAGCGGUCUAGGCGAAGACCCCGCCCGCACUUACAUUUGGUCAUUAAACGCCUGUGAUAGAACUUUAGUGAUAUCUUAGUACGUACCGGAAGGUUGUGCCGUCGGGAUAGUAGAGUGCAGGGGAGAUCGCUGGAGAAGGCGACAGUAAUGUAAAGGUCCGGCUGCGUAGAGUCGGUCGGCAGUCGACAGCGCGAACGAUGCAGGCGAUGAGUGCGAGCGCGGGUGCGCCGCAGCGCUCGCCCUUCGCCAUCCAGGAGCUGCUGGGCCUGUCGGAGGGCCGUGAAGCCCGGGAAGGCCGCGAGGAGCGCGAGCGGGAGCGCUACGAGGGCGAGGCGGCGGCGGCGGUAUCACGGUACGCGCGAGGACCUUUCGCGCCGCAGUUCCCGCUGCCGGCGUCGGUAGCCAGCCGCGUUGCCUAUGCCGCCGCCUUCAACGCACAGGCAGCGGUGGCCGCCGCCUUCCUGCCCGGUCCGCCCAUGCUGCACGCGCCGCCCGGUUUCCCGCAGAUCAAGGGCCCCUACAGCCCGACGGCGCAGCCCCACUUGACAGCGGUGCGACAAUUUUAUUCAGGAGUAUCGUCGCUGGAGGCGGCCAAGGACUUCACAGUGGACGGCCUCACCGCCUACAACGGCAAGAAGAAGAAGAAAAAACGCAGGCACAGCCGCACGAUCUUCACGUCGUACCAGCUGGAUGAACUAGAGAAGGCGUUCAAGGACGCGCACUAUCCGGACGUGUACGCGCGCGAGAUGCUCUCCCUCAAGACCGACCUACCCGAGGACAGGAUACAGGUGUGGUUCCAGAACCGGCGCGCGAAGUGGCGCAAGACGGAGAAGUGCUGGGGGCGGUCCACAAUCAUGGCGGAGUACGGGCUGUAUGGUGCCAUGGUGCGCCACUCGCUGCCCCUACCCGAGACUAUCCUGAAGAGCGCCAAGGAGAACGACUCGGUUGCGCCCUGGCUACUCGGUAUGCACCGCAAGUCGCUGGAGGCGGCGCAGCACCUGAAGGAGUCGGGGUCGGAACGCGAAGGCUCCGAGGCGGAGGGCGAGCGCCCGCUGUCUGCCUCGCCGCACCGCCCUGACCGCGCAGACCGCCCCGACCUGCAAGACCACCAGGCGCAAAGUUCCCCUGGCGGCAGCAGCACGACGGCCUCUUCAUCGGCCAAGGGGCGCGCAUCCCCGGAGCCGGGUCGAGAGCCCUACGAGGACCACGAGGCAUUCCGCAACAACAGCAUCGCCUGCCUGCGCGCUAAGGCACAGGAGCACCAGGCGCGGCUGCUCUCCAACAAUCUCCUGCUGCAGGUGCGAGGUCUGCAGCGAGCGGGAGCCGCGGCCAUGGCGAAUGCGGGUGCGGGUGCUAUGGGUGGUGCGAUGGGAGGCGCGCUGGGGGGUGCAUGCGCGGGCGCCGGCAGCGAGGACGAGGGCCCACUAGACAUAGACGUGGGCACGGAGCCGCCGCCCCCCGCGCGCCUCUACUGACCGCCCGCCGCGCACACCGCACACCCCUCACACACCUUGCCGCACUGAAACAUCAACCGAGAGCCGACACAAUUGUUCGUUAUCGUUAGGAACAUCGACCUCAUCAUUUCAUUGAGAACCUCCUUCGAUUCUCGAUAUAAAACGUGAUCUGAAUGUACUUAGUAACUAUUUGUACUUAAAGCUGUUGGUUCGGAAGACGACAAGAAGUCAAACUUCUUUUACUUCGGUGUGCAGGUUUAUGUGUGCGUGCUUUAAAUGAAGUGAUUAAUUAAAUAGCAAUAUCUUGUUAUCUUAAAGAUUUGCUGGAGACUAACUGAUAAUAAAGUGUAAAUCUAUAUCUAUAUAUUUCAUAAAAGUGAAGAGGAAAUGUUUGUGUCGCCUAAUUUAUAAGUAUGUUAGUGUACGCGGUGCCGGCAGCGCCGCCGCGUGCAUUUCACUCGUCGUGCAAUACGUUUAGUUAAGUAUUUAUGCGUUUAGGCAGUUGUGUUAGCGAUGUACAAAGUUCAGCCGCACCUAGGUACUGUGUGUCACAGAGCAAACAACCCGCUGCAAUAGCUGAUGCUGUGCCGACAAUACGACAGUAGCUCGCUAGCAUGGAGUCGCUAUGAUACUAAAAUAUUC